AUCGUCAUUCGUUAACUAAACAAAGAAAUUUAAGGUUAGAUCUCAAAUGCACUAUUUUCUGAAGUCAAAUAACUGAUAAAUUUAUGAUAUUCGGUGAAUUGCAGUCCAUUUGAAGUAAAAAAGUUAAUUAUCUACUUUGUUUUUAAUACACAUAAUCUUUCAUAAUUUAUACAGUGAAUAAUUAUGGCAAACGUUGCUGCUAAUAAAAUCAUUCCUAAUAAAGCAGACAGUAAAGUAGAAGAUGAGAAAAAUGAAUUGACUGAAGAAGAUAAAAUCCUCCAAGAGGAGCUUAAUUUGUGCGUUGAACGUCUUAUAGAAGAUGACGAGAAACUGUAUUUACCUGCUCUUCUAACAUUAGGCAAGUUAAUACGUGCCUCUACAACAUCAAUGACCUCAGUGCCUAAACCGCUGAAGUUUAUGAAACCACACUACUCCACAAUGAAGGAUAUUUAUAGUAAAUUACGAGAAGAAGAAAUAAAAAGAGUAUGCGCUGAUAUUAUUUCAGUCCUUGCAAUGACAAUGGGAGAAGGAAGGGACUGUUUAAAGUAUAGACUUCUAUCAGAUUUAGAUCAAAUUGGUGAUUGGGGUCAUGAAUACAUUAGACAUUUGUCAGGAGAAAUUGCAUCAGAAUGGACAGAAAUAUCAGGUGAAGGUGAAGAUGAAGUUACAUUAAAAGACAAACUUAUCCAAUUGGCUUGCCAAAUUGUCCCAUAUAAUAUGAAGCAUAAUGCUGAAGCUGAAGCAUGUGAUCUUUUGAUGGAAAUUGAAAGACUCGAUUUAUUAGAGAAAUAUAUAGAUGAUAAUGUGUAUCAGAGAGUUUGUUUAUACCUCACAAGUUGUGUUCCCUAUGUUGCUGAUCCAGAAAACACGACUUUGCUACAAACUACACUACUAUUGUUAAGAAAAUUUAAUCAAUAUCCACAAGCUUUAAGAAUAGCUAUGCAAUUAAACGAUCAUCAGUUAAUUGAGGAAAUAUUCUUAUCAUGUCGUGAUGUAGCUGUGCAAAAGCAACUAGCUUUUAUGUUAGGAAGACAACAAAUUUAUUUAGAAAUUAAUGAAAGUAUUCCUGAUUAUGAUGAUUUGGUUGAGAUAAUGGCUAACUGCCACCUGAACAACCAUUUUCUAAAUUUAGCAAGGGAGUUGGAUAUAAUGGAACCUAAAACACCUGAAGAUGUAUACAAGUCUCAUUUAGAAAACAGCAGGCCCCAGUUUGGUGGUGGUCAAGUUGAUUCUGCAAGACAAAACUUGGCUGCAAGUUUUGUCAAUGGAUUUGUUAAUGCAGCGUUUGGUCAAGACAAAUUACUGAUGGAAGAUGGUAAUAAAUGGCUUUUUAAAAAUAAAGAGCAUGGAAUGUUAAGUGCAACUGCCUCCCUUGGUUUGAUAUUACUUUGGGAUGUUGACGGAGGAUUAACACCAAUUGAUAAAUAUCUUUAUUCGUCAGAAGAUCAUAUCAAAUCAGGUGCUUUACUUGCAUGUGGAAUCGUAAAUUGCGGCGUACGCAACGAUUGUGACCCUGCCCUUGCUCUUUUGUCUGAUUAUGUUUUACAUGUUACUAAUGUGAUGAGAAUUGGAGCUGUGCUUGGUCUGGGUCUGGCUUAUGCUGGCUCCAACAGGGAAGCUGUGCUUAGUCUAUUAACUCCCGUUUUUAGUGAUCCUAAAUCUAGCAUGGAAGUUAUCGGAAUGGCUGGAUUAGCCUGCGGAAUGAUUUCUGUAGGUUCUGGAAAUUCAGAAGUAACAGCUACAAUAAUGCAAACACUCAUGGAAAAAACAGAAACCGAAUUAAAGGACACUUAUGCAAGAUUUCUUCCUCUUGGACUGGGACUUUGUCAUUUAGGGAAACAAGAAGCAAUUGAAGCUAUAAUAGCAGCCCUAGAAGUCAUUCCUGAUCCAUUUAGAUCAAUGGCAACAACAUUGGUGGAAGUUUGUGCCUAUGCUGGUACAGGGAAUGUUCUUAAAGUACAACAGUUACUCCAUAUUUGCUCAGAACAUUAUGAUUCUCAAGACAAAGAAGACUCAUCACGAGAUAGUAAAAAUAAAGAUAAUAAAAGCAAAGAUAAAGAAGAAAAAGAAAAAGAUCUUUCUGCCAGACAAGCCAUAGCUGUGAUCGGUAUUGCUCUGAUAAGUAUGGGAGAGGAUAUAGGAAGCGAAAUGGCAUUCCGUACUUUUGGUCAUUUGUUACGAUACUGUGAACCAGUCAUACGAAGGGCAGUUCCUUUAGCUUUAGGAUUAAUAUCCGUAUCGAAUCCUAAAUUAAGUAUUUUGGACACAUUAAGUAAAUUUUCACAUGAUAGCGACUCUGAAGUCGCCCACAACGCUAUUUUUGCCAUGGGACUCGUUGGAGCUGGUACAAAUAACGCCAGAUUAGCAGCAAUGUUAAGACAAUUAGCGCAGUACCAUGCAAAAGACCCUAACAAUCUAUUUAUGGUUAGAAUAGCUCAAGGUUUAACUCACCUAGGUAAAGGAACUCUAACGCUGUGCCCCUAUCACAGUGAUAGGCAACUACUAAGUCCUGUCGCUUUAGCUGGUCUCUUGGCAACCAUAGUUGGAUUUUUAGAUGUGAAAAACAUUAUUCUGGGAAAGUCGCACUAUCUUCUGUAUACUUUGGCAGCUGCAAUGCAGCCAAGGAUGUUAGUUACAUUUGAUGAAGAUUUAACACCUUUACCAGUACCAGUUCGCGUAGGCUUGGCUGUUGACGUUGUUGGCCAAGCUGGUAAACCAAAAACGAUAACUGGUUUCCAAACACAUACAACGCCUGUUUUGCUGGCUUAUGGAGAAAGGGCCGAGCUGGCAACGGAUGAGUAUAUUCCUUUAACGCCUAUAAUGGAAGGAUUCGUAAUACUAAGAAAAAAUCCAGAACAUAAUCAGUAGUGAUUGUAAUUACAAUACUUCUGUUAUUAAUUUUGUUUCAUUUAUGUAUUUUUGUCGUGAAUAACUGCAAUUGCUUUUAUGAUACUAAUAAAUAAAAAUAAAUUAACAUUU